AAUGCCAACCGAAGGCUUCGUGUGUGAUGUGAGAAAGGUUGUUGACCCCAUGGGACGUGUGUAUCUGACAACACCUCUCCUGUUCCAAUCCAAAAUCCUCUGCCUCUCCCUGCUCUACCUCCUCACCACCCUUCCCCUCGCCCUCUACGUCGCCUUCUCCCAGACCGGCUGCCUCUUCCGCACCCCUCCGCCCCUCCCCAAGCCGCGCCUCUUUGCCUACCCGCCCUCCUACGGGGAGCACAAGUACGCCCUCCCCACCACCCGAUCCGCGUGCUCCUCCCCUGUUCCCUUCUCCGAGUAUGGGACGGUGCUGCAGGAGAUUCGCGAUCUCUGCCGGAACUCUUCCGCCACGGCCGCCUCACCUCGUUCCCCUGUUCUGCGGUAUUUUCAGGGUAAAGGCGACAGCUUUGCGGGAAAUUUCUCCGCAAAGAAGAGGAUGUCUUUCUUCAACCAUACCAACGGCGAUCGGGUGGAGGUCCCGUGUGGAUUCCUUCAGGAAUUCCCCAUCAGAGAAUCUGACAGGUCGGCGAUGGAGAAAUGCGACGGCGUGGUCGUAGCAUCGGCGAUCUUCGGCGACCACGACAAGAUCCGCCAGCCCAAACGCUUAGGAGCUAAAACAUUGGAAACUGUUUGCUUCUUCAUGUUCGUUGAUGAUGCAACUCUCCGAGGUCUCGCGGCCCACAACAUCCUCACCAACAUCAACGGGGAAGUGGACAUGAUAGGAGCAUGGAGAAUCGUGAGUGUCUCGGUCAGCGAAUUGCCCUAUGACAACGCUGCCAUGAACGGGGUGAUUCCCAAGCAUUUAGUGCACAGGCUCUUCCCCAACUCCAUGUUCAGCGUGUGGUUGGACGCGAAGCUGCAGCUCACGGUGGAUCCUUUGCUGCUGAUUCAUUCUCUUGUUGUCUCAAAGGACGCAGACAUGGCGAUUUCGAAGCACCCGUCUAACGUCCACACCAUGGAGGAGGCGAUGGCGACUGCGAGGUGGAAGAAAUGGGCAGACGUCAAGUCUUUGAGGGUGCAAAUGGAGACCUACUGCGAGAUGGGGCUGCAGCCAUGGUCGCCUAGAAAGCAUCCCUACACGACAGAUGUUCCGGAUACUGCACUCAUAAUAAGGAGGCAUGGACUUAAGAGCAACCUCUUCUCCUGCCUACUGUUCAACGAGCUGGAGGCCUUCAACCCCAGGGAUCAGCUGGCGUUCGCCUACGUGAGAGACUUCAUGAUCCCCAAGAUCGACAUCAACAUGUUCGAAUCGGAGGUGUUCGAGCACAUAGCCAUGGAGUACAGGCACAACCUCAAGCGCCACGACGCCGGUGCGCCGGCGUCGACGAUCAAGAAAGCCUCCUCGCGAGACAUAAAGGGUAGCAGUUGCGAGGCCUACCUGUUAAAGAUGUGGGGAGAAUCCAACGACUAAAGAACACACACAUGAAACCUGUGCCGUGGGAUAUGGCAGAGUUGAUUGCUUCGGACUGUACAUAAUACUUGUACAUAACUGGGGGAGGCCUGAUUUGUUGUAUGUGUUGAAUCCAUCUACAAUUAGCGAUUUCUGCA